GCUGUUCUGUGGUCGUUUGUUCUCAUCCAAUUUUUUUUACCUCUUGUGUGUCAUUGUGUGUAGUCAACAUGGGUUCUGUGAAAGCAGCGCUGGUUUACUCCAGCAGGCUUCUUACGACACUUAAAAAGCAGACACAUGUCAUUUACAUCAAGAGGACUCUACUCCUGCCUAGACUGACAGUGUUCAAACGUACAGACGGUCGGUUUGUUCCCUUGGUGCGACAGUCCAGCUCCACGGCAGCGGGGGCAGAGAGGGGAGAAGACUCCUUCCUCAAAUGGUUCCUGCUGCUCAUCCCUGCCACCACCUUCGGCCUCGGUACAUGGCAGGUGAAACGGCGUCAGUGGAAAAUGCAGCUGAUUAAUGAGCUGACAAAGCUGACGACAGCAGAACCGAUUCCUCUUCCUACUGAUCCUCAUGAGCUGAACAGCUUGGAGUACAGGAGGGUGCGAGUGCGAGGACAGUUCGACCACUCACAGGAGCUGUACGUUCUGCCCCGCUCACCUGUCGACCCCGAGAAAGAGGCCCGAGAGGCAGGCAGGCUGUCCUCAAGCGGAGAGACUGGUGCCAAUGUCAUCACUCCGUUCCACUGUACUGACCUCGGCAUCACAAUCCUCGUGAACAGAGGAUACGUCCCGAGGCAGAGGAUAAGACCAGAGACCAGGAUGAAGGGGCAGGUGGAGGAUGAAGUGGAGGUGGUCGGUGUAGUCAGGCUGACAGAGCAACGAAAACCCUUUGUGCCCAACAAUGAUGUGGAGAGAAACCGCUGGCAUUACCGAGACCUGGAAGGCAUGUCCAGUGUGACUGGAGCGGAACCCAUCUUCAUUGAUGCCGACUUCGGCAGCACCAUCCCUGGUGGACCACUAGGCGGACAGACCAGAGUCGCUCUGAGGAAUGAACACAUGCAGUACAUCAUGACGUGGUAUGGCUUGUGCGCCGCCACCUCCUACAUGUGGUUUGCAAAGUUCGUCAAGAAGAUUGCAUGAUGUGAUUUCAUGCAGUGACAGUUAAAACACAUUGUGCUAUACUUGAUUAGUGCUGCAUCAGCUCCGGACGCUGCAUUGAUGCAAAUAUGUAAAUAGCUGUGGAUUAUUCUCCAGAAAGAUGUUUAUGGGAAUAAAUUAAGACUAAUUAAA